GCGGAGGAGGAGGAAGUUGUUUGCGUAUUUCCGGUGGCCGGAGGGGAUGUCGUUGAGGAUAAAAGCGGUGGUGGAUAGGUUCGUGGAGGAGCUGAAGCAAGCUCUCGACGUCGAUAUGCAGGAUCGGUUCAUGAAGGAGAGGGAGAUGCAGAGUUACAUCGAGGAGCGUGAGCGUGAAGUGGCGGAGAGAGAAGCCGCCUGGAAAGCCGAGCUCUCCCGCCGCGAGGCGGAGAUUGCGAGACAGGAGGCGAGGUUGAAGAUGGAGAGGGAGAAUCUUGAGAAAGAGAAGAGUGUUCUAAUGGGAACGGCAUCGAAUCAGGACAAUCAAGAUGGGGCUCUGGAAAUCACUGUGAGUGGUGAGAAGUAUCGGUGCCUUAGGUUCUCCAAGGCUAAGAAAUGAAGGUUUAGGGGGAUAGUCUCAUAUAGUUUUUGCAUCUUUCCUUUUCGAUAUUGGGAAUUUGUCUAGGAACGAUUUUUUUUUUUUUGUAAUUUAUCAUGGAAUCGAUGGAAAUCUGUUGAAACUCA